GAAGGCUUCUGACAAAUUAUUUUUUAUUUUUUACUGAAAUCUUUCGAUUGAUUUUAGUUAACUUUUUAAUAGUAUGUUUAAGACUAUGUAUCGAAUUGGAUUUUUUUCACACAAUUUUAUUUCCAUUUCUUUAACAAUUUUGAUUUAUGCAAAUCAAAUUAAUGCUGGUUCACCCCCAGUCGUAUUAUGGCACGGAAUGGUUGGGCCAGGUUACCAGGAAAUUUGACAUUUUGUCUAGUUAAACUGCCUUUGGGUAUUGUUUUAUGAUGUGUGAUAGUUGCUGUAAUCCAUUAAGUCUUGGAAGAAUUAUUAAGGUAUUACAGAAGAACUUGGGAAUAGAUUCGUAUGUGAAGUCAAUACAAAUCGGAAAAUCUUUUGAACAGGACGUAAAGAACAGUUUUUUCAUGAAUAUCAACCUCCAAGUUGAAGAUGCUUGCAAACAAAUAUCUACAGAUCAAAAGUUGACCAAUGGUUAUAAUGCGAUUGGAUUUUCACAAGGAGCCCAAUUUUUAAGAGCAGUUGCACAAAGAUGUCCUUAUCCUCCAAUGUUAAAUCUUAUAUCUAUGGGCGGUCAACAUCAAGGAGUUUUUGGUAUGCCAAGAUGUAUUUAUUCUAGUCAUAAAUGGUGUGAAUAUAUAAGAUUAGUUUUGAACAAAGAAGCUUAUGCAAAAUGGGUACAAGAUUUAUUAGUUCAAGCAGAAUAUUGGCAUGAUCCAAUUAAAGAAUUAGAUUACAUAAAGGGUAGCAAUUUUUUAGCAGAUAUUAACAAUGAACGUUUUAUUAAUACAAAUUAUCGAGAAAAUUUACUUAAAUUAAAAAACUUUAUUUUGGUGAUGUUUACAAAUGAUACAAUGGUUAUUCCAAAAGAAAGUGAAUGGUUUGCAUUUUAUUCACCAGGUCAAGAUAAAGAAAUUUUGCCACUUGAACAAUCUGUACUUUACCUUACAGAUCGACUGGGUUUAAAAGUAUUAGAAGAAAGCGAGAGAUUACAUUUUUUGUCAGUUCCUGGUAAUCACCUUCAGUUUUCCGAAGAAUGGUUUUUGAAUGAAAUUGUCAAUAAAUAUCUUAAAAAAUAGAAUAUUAGUAUUAUAGAAUUACUAUAAGCAGUUAUUCAAUUAUA